GUUCCCUUCACCCCAAUAUCCCGAGUCCUAAGGACACGUUCGUUCGUAUUCUAUUGCGACGAUUUGGCAUCAUGGGACUUGCACUACUCGCUCCUGACGGGGUUGUUGCAUGGGCUGUGCGCCAAUGGCUUUGGGCUCGUCAUAUUACAGUACAGUUUAAGGAGCACUUCAGUGCCCGUCAUCUCCAAGAAGAGCGGUAUGAAGAACAUGAUGGCAACCAGGCUCUCGCCGAGCAUACUGAAGUUAAACCAUCCGGACCAAUGUUUCUUCGGCAGUUCCAUACUCUUGCAGAGCCAUUCAAGGAGUGGUUUAAGGCACAUUUUACAGAGCAACCUGAAGAUUAUACAUGGACUCAGACUCACAGCUUCUUUGCGCUGAUGGGCGGUUUUAUGCUUUAUGUGGAUGGGGAACCCUACCUGACACUAUCGCCCGACCAACUUCUCUUUCUGAUACGUGCUGGAUCUAUCGAUGCCCCCGCCCUAACGGCAAGGCAGAUCCGCGACCGGAGCAAAGGGAAUGCGAUAUCAAAAGGAUCGAUCAUUAUUCAGGGGGCUUGGUUUAUCCUGCAACUCCUUUCCCGCGUCAUAUAUCACCUCGAGAUCACACAUAUUGAGGUGGCGACACUUGCUUUUGCCGUUCUCAAUUUCAUUUCUUAUGCUGUAUGGUGGAAUAAGCCUCUCGAUGUACAAUGUCCUCAUCCAGUUCACUGGAAGUCGGCCGAGUCCAACCCAGAGAUAAGCUUUCCUCGGCAUAUGAUUGGUCUGUCACUCGUUGACUCAUGUUUGCAGGCCAUUGGUGUUGAUGCCAUGUCUCCUCGAAAGCUACGAGUUCCAACGUUUGAUAGCCUCCACAGCAUCAAACUACAACCCUGGGAAAGUAAUGUUCUCGCGUUCGCUGGACUUGCAGUAGCAACCAUCUUUGGCGGCAUCAACUGUAUUGCUUGGUUUUAUGCUUUUCCCACAUAUCAAGAACAGGUCUUAUGGCGCACGAGUGCCAUCACUAUAACUUGCAUACCCUACCUUGUUUUCGUGGUAGCCUUCGUUCUGUUUAGAUCGAGAACUAGACAAAGGAGCUCGGUCAGGUUUACAGUGUUUCUAAGGGCAUGUUUUGCGUCGUACUUCACAGCACGUAUCCUCCUCCUCAUACUUAUGUUCACUACUUUACGCAAUCUUUCUUCUGACGCAUACAAGGUGGUGUCUUGGACUAAUUUGGUACCCCACUUAUAGUUCUUGCUCAUGGUACUUGUUAGGUCCUUCGUA